GAAGAUGACGUCCAGAACUUCUCUCGCCGUGGCUCUGCCAUUGGUGGUUCUCCUGGUGGUGGCGCUUUCGUCGGCGCAAGAUUACCCGCCGCGACGGACUGUUGCCAGUGGUCGCGACUGCAACUACAUCUGCUUCCUGGACAACUGCAACCGUCACAAGUGUUACUACACCUGCACUAGGCCAAGCUACUGCGAAGACAGUGCGGCACUAUUAAUCUCUGGGGGUUCAGUGGACGGCGUAGUGCCCGGUCAUCCAUCACCGGUUCACGACGUGGAUGGUGUGGAUGUUCCCAACGAUCCGUCGGCGCCCGCAGUGGCGCCAAGCGCCUGAAGCACGCUUUCACCUAAGACGCCAUCAUUGCCACAUGCUCAUCACAGUACCACCGUUGACACAAUAGCCACAACAACACCGC